AUGCCGGCGAGCCCGGGGGCGGGGUCCAGCAGCGCGGACGUAGUUGCGGCAGCCGCUAGUAUGAACGACGAGAGCGAGCAGGCUGCGGACACCGUCGCAACGCAGGAGGAGGGCAGGCUGCAUGGCCAUCUGCACCCCAGCCGCACGGUUGCGGCCGCGGCGAGCAAGGCUGACACCGACGCGACCAACAUGCAGGACGAGGACGACGACGGCCCCGUGAGGAGGGCCUUGCCGGCAGGCGCGGCGGCCACGACCAACGCGCUGGAGAAGACAACCGCGAUGGUGGCCCAGGGGAUCUGCGCGGGCUGCAGGUCGCUCCACGACUGGGAGACGAAGCGCUUGCGCCACGAGGUCGCCCGCGCAGUCUGCGGCGGCGACGACUUGGCUGCGUUCGUGCUGGCGCGCAUGGACGAGCUGAACAGCCCCUCCGACGAGGCUGCGGAGGAGCGCGCGGCCACAGGGAUGGCCUGCGCGGCGGCGCAGACGGCCGCCGGCCCGCGGGACAGGGGGCCCCCCGCUGGCAGCGCGACGGAGCGCGAGGGGAAGAAGACGGGAAAACGGGUGUGGCGCUGGCGCCCGUGCAGCGCCAUGCAGCCGUUGGGCUGGGUCGGUUUCUGCCGCCGGCGGCGCAGAACGAGCGACCUCAGCGUCAGAGAGCCCCAUGCAGCCGUGGCGGCCUAUGGGCUACGUGAGCCGCUGCUGCUCUCGGGCUCCGGCCCGAGGCUGUGUAUGGGCCGACGGCAUGUGAAUGCACGCAGGCACGCUGGGCACCCUCCUCGGAGACAGGACGCCCUGCGGGCCUUCGAGGCCGCGGGCCGCGGCCCCGCCGCCGCCGAGGGCGCGGCGGAGCCCCCGGAGGAGAGGCCGGGCGGCGCCGCCGAGCAGGCCGCGCGCCGGGUGCCGGUGGAGCCCGCGGCCGCGGAGCAGGUGCGCGCUUCCCUGCGCGCCGCCGCGUUCUCGGAGUACCCAGGGGGCCUCUUCGCCCACCUAGACCGCGGCGUCACGGUGAGCGUCGGCGACAGCCUGGAGGUCACGGUGGACGGCAUCGAGUCCGAGGAUUUGGCCGACUGGAGCCUGCUGCAGCUGGAGCAGGACCCCGCGGUCUUCGGGGAGGGCCUGCUGGAGUGGGCCACGGCGCAGCGGUCGGAGCAGCCCGGCUUCGCCGAGGGCGGCGAGGGCGACGUCGUGGCAGGAGACUUCGCGGACUUCCUUCCCGACCCGGCGGCCCUGAGCGUGCAGCAGCACAGGGAUCUCACGAUCUACACGUGGGGCAAGGCGUUCCGCAAGGUGGCCCCUGCCGACAGCCAGGCCAAUUUCAACGCCGGCAUCCUCAACGGGCGCGGCGGCGGCGCGGACAUCAGCAGGGUGGACAACGGCCUGACGGAGGCCGUGCAGAAGAACGUCGCCAGCUGCGCCCUCUUCCCGCGGUGGCUCGAGAUGUGCAUCAACAAGAUCGAGAGCGAGGGGCUGCACGCGGUGUCGAUCAACUGCACGAAGGGCCGCCACCGCUCCGUCGCCGCGGCCGAGAUCCUCAGGGCCUACUACUACCCGGACGCGGUCGUGAUUCACACCAGCCCGGCCAUCAAGAGGCCUCGGCGCAGAGCGGCCGCCGCAAUUUUGUUCGAUGCGUGGGCCCCAGAGGCCUCGGACGCAGCGAGCGCCCGGCAGGCGUCGAGGCGCCCGGACUUCCCGAGGCUGCGGGCCGACCGUGGGGCCGCAGAGGCGUCCCCGGCCGAGCCCGCGGGGCGGCGUGGCGUGCCGCCCCUGGGAGGUGGGGCCCCGCAGCGAGGAGAGCGGCGCGGGCCCGAGGCCUCGGACGCCGCGAGCGCCUGGCAGGCGUCGAGGCGCCCGGGCUUCCCGAGGCUGCGGGCCGACCGUGGGGCCGCAGAGGCGUCCCCGGCCGAGCCCGCGGGGCGGCGUGGCGUGCCGCCCCUGGGAGGUGGGGCCCCGCAGCGAGGAGAGCGGCGCGGGCCCGAGGCCUCGGACGCCGCGAGCGCCUGGCAGGCGUCGAGGCGCCCGGGCUUCCCGAGGCUGCGGGCCGACCGUGGGGCCGCAGAGGCGUCCCCGGCCGAGCCCGCGGGGCGGCGUGGCGUGCCGCCCCUGGGAGGUGGGGCCCCGCAGCGAGGAGAGCGGCGCGGGCCCGAGGCCUCGGACGCCGCGAGCGCCUGGCAGGCGUCGAGGCGCCCGGGCUUCCCGAGGACGAUAGCGUUGCUCGCCGUGGCGCUGCGCGCGUCGGUCCUGAAGAAGGACCCCACGAGCAGGUCGGUGUUCCACCGCGCGCAGUGCGCUUGGCAGCUGGGCUGCGGGGAGUCCGCCGGCGCCUUGGCGGACGGCGUUUUCGAGAGCGGGGAGCCAGACGAGAGCGGCGGGCCAGACCGUGUCGGCCUCGUCACCUGCCGGCUCCGCCACUCCCGCGAGGGCGACGCCGAGGUCCGGGCGCUGUGCGCGGCCAUGGGCACGAGCGUGCUCCGCGGCGGCUGCGCGCCCUGCGGCCUGCGGCUGAACCUGCACCUCUCCGACGUGCCGUGCGUCUCGUGCCUCGGCUCCACGCUGCAGUUCGGCUUCCGCUUCCCAGGCGUCUUGAAGGUCUCCUUCGACCGCGGCCGCAUGAACCCCGAGGACACCGUGCCGGUUCCGAGGCAGCCGCCACCGCCGUCCAAGAAGGGCAACCUGCUCCCCUACGCGCCGAUGCCGCCAGAGAUGAACGCCAAGGAGUCGGGCGCGGCAGCCGGAGGGGUCGACCGCAGCAUGCUUCGCAAGGAGGGACCAGACGUCGGCAGCAUCACCUCCUUCUACCGCAGCGCGGCGGGCAGCGCCUCCCGCAGGGCGGACGGCGCUGGGCUCGGCGGCAACGAGGCAGUGCCGCACAAGGUCGUCAAGGGCCUCGGGGGGGGCGCCAGCCAGCAGACGUUCUACUUCUCAGCCCGACCGGCCUUCUACGAUACGGAGGACUAUUCGGACUGCGCCGGGCAGCGCUGA